AUGUCUGGAAAAUUUGAGCCGAAACAAAAGGUGGAGCUUGAUCCGCCAAAGGACGACCCUAUCAGCUUGGACUACCUAUCUAAAUGCGACGGAACACAUGAGGGAUAUCCAACAUACGUGGCUAUCAAGGGAACUGUUUUCGAUGUGACUGGCAACAAAGCAUAUGAACCAGGAGCUUCAUACUCGGUCUUCGCCGGCAAGGACGCAUCCAGAGCUCUCGCACAAUCUUCGCUGAAGAAGGAGGAAUGCCGACCAGAGUGGGAAGAUCUCAAGCCAGAACACAUCAAGGUUCUAGACGACUGGUUCACGUUCUUCAGCAAGCGCUACAAUAUCAAGGGCAGGGUGGCUACUGGAAAUGCGAACUUGUGA